AUGUAUUUUGAAGAAGAAAGCUCAAGCAAUGAAGGAGAUGUUAUGGAAGCGGUUGUGAGUUCAUUGAUAGAAGAAAGGGACCUGAAUAUCGACUUGGAAGAGUGCGUUAACGAGGGAGUCGAUGAGUGUAAUCUCACUAAAAGUUUUCCGUGUGGGCUUUGUUCGAAAAUUUGUAAGUCGAAAGGUGGUCUUACUUUACAUACAAGGGCAAAGCAUGGUGAGAAAACGGCCGUUACAAAGUCGGUUUCGCCAUUGACUUCGGAGGUCGUUGGUGAAAUCGUAGACAAAGCAACACAGUCCGUCGUAAAAUCGAAAUUGUAUGGGGACGCAAUGACGAAAUUGUUUGGUGAAGCUGACCUGGGCAUCUAA